AUGUUUACAUAUGGGCAAGAUCCCGAUGUUGUUCGGUGGGGUCUCCAGCUGUUUGAUGGUGGGCCAUAUUGUGGAUAUGGUCCACAAAAUUAUACAGAUUGUUAUCAUGAUCAGUAUUCUAGAGAAGAAGCCAGUUAUCACACGGAAUGCAUCACCACAGAAAAUGACAAACUUGCCCUUCAAGAAAACACAUCCCCUUUUUUGGUUGCAGAAGCGUCUACACCUUCUUGUGAAGACAUUGAUCAUUCACAAUCAUCAUUUUAUCUUCAAGAUUCACUUAACCAGUCUAUGGCAAACUACAGCCUUGAAGAUGAUGAUGAUGAUGAUGAUGAGAACACAAAUGAUAGCCCUACAAGGCAGUUUGACUAUGGUGAGGAAUUGUCUUACUCAUUGGAGUUGAGUGAUGAUGAAGUAGGCAAGAGGUUGAAUCAGAUGGCUUCUGUUCCUCAUGUUCCCAAAGUCAAUGGAGAAAUUCCUUCCUUAGAUGAAGCAACUUUAGAUCAUCAAAGGCUACUCGAUAGACUGCAGUUAUAUCAAUUAGUAGAGUCUAAAGUUCAAGGGGAUGGAAAUUGUCAGUUUCGAGCAUUGUCAGAUCAAGUUUAUCGUACAACUGAACACCAUCAAUUUGUGAGACAACAAAUUGUAAAUCAGCUUAAAUUACACGCAGAUAUAUACGAGGGAUAUGUCCCUAUGAUGUAUGAUGAUUACUUGAAGAAUAUGGCCAAGGUUGGUGAAUGGGGUGAUCAUGUCACGUUACAGGCUGCUGCUGAUUUGUAUGGCAUCAAAGUUUUCGUAAUCACAUCAUUUAAGGACACGUGUUAUAUCGAAAUUGUUCCGAGUGUUCAAAGGUCAAAUCGAGUAAUUUUCUUGAGCUUUUGGGCUGAGGUUCAUUACAAUUCAAUAUAUCCUGUGGAAGAUAUCCCGAAUAUGCGACCAUGA